GGGGGGACUAAACUUUUAACACCCACACAAGUUUCCUUCACCCAUGGCAACGCUGCUUCAUUUCACUCCAUCUCCUACCUUUCUUCUCACCAAACAAAAAAGCGCUACUAAUUUUCCCCCCAUAAAUCUCAACCCAAAAGUACGGACCCACCAAGCCAGUAGGUCUUUAAGAAGAAUUCUUGUGAGGUCGUACAAAGUGGUGAUCGAGCACGAGGGUGAGUCGACGGAGCUGGAAGUAGAACCAGAUGAGACCAUUCUCGCCAAGGCAUUGGAAUCUGGGUUGUCUGUGCCACAUGACUAGCUUGGGGUGUGCAUGACUUGCCCUGCUAAGCUGCUGAGUGGCACUGUUGAUCAGAGUGAAGGUAUGCUCAGUGAUGAUGUUGUGGAAAGUGGGUAUGCACUUUUAUGCGCUUCCUACCCACGAUCAGAUUGUCGUAUCAAGACUAUCCCUGAGGAUGAGUUGUUGUCUCUGCAACUGGCAACUGCUAAUGACUGAAACUGUAUUUUGCUUAACAGUUAAUUUUAGCUUAUGCCAUGGUAGCAGCUUUGUGAGCUACGUUUAGGGAUUUUCGAAUUGUCAAUGAGAGUUAUCACUUUGUCAUCAGUUUGUUGAUGCAUUCAAGUCUAGGUGUUCAUGACAUGACCCAGAAAUAGAUUGUAUUUCACUGCUUAAUAAUCAUUUAUGGGUCGGGUCUUAUCUGUAGCAUUUAGCUAAACAUGGAACUAUAGGCAAUUUGUUGAAGUCCUAUUGUAGCUGAGAAAGUGAUGCGAAUUGCUAGCUGAUUAAGAGAUAUGCAGAAAGCGGCUUUAAUCUAUA